AUGGUAACCGCAGAAGCCCGGGCCUAGGGAGCGGUAUUUUUGGAGUUAAUGGAGUCAGAAGGACCCCCAGAGUCAGAGAGUUCAGAAAAAUCAAUAUUUUUCUCACAGCAAGAAGAAGAGGAAGAAGAUGAUAAUGAAGAAGAAGAAGAAUCCAAAGAAGCAGAGGAAACUGCCACCAUUAAUCCCCUCUUACCCCCUGCUCUCACAGGGGAUGUAGAAGGUUUGCAGAAGAUUUUUGAGGAUCCUGAGAACCCUCACCAUGAACAGGCCAUGCAGUUACUCUUGGAAGAAGACAUUGUUGGGAGAAAUUUGUUGUAUGCAGCUUGCAUGGCUGGGCAAAGUGAUGUGAUUAGAGCUUUAGCCAAAUAUGGUGUGAAUCUGAAUGAAAAAACCACCAGAGGUUACACACUCCUACACUGUGCUGCAGCCUGGGGUCGUUUGGAAACUUUGAAAGCACUGGUGGAAUUGGAUGUUGAUAUAGAAUCUCUGAACUUCCAGGAAGAGCGAGCUCGAGAUGUUGCUGCUCGGUAUUCCCAGACUGAGUGUGUUGAGUUCCUGGACCGGGCAGAUGCAAGGCUGGCGCUAAAAAAAUAUAUCGCAAACGUCUCUGCAAUUGUUACAGAUACAGCAAAGGGACCAGGGAAGCUUUUUAAGGAAGACAAGAAUACCAUCCUCAAUGCAUGCCGUAUAAAAAAUGAAUGGCUGGAAACCCAUUUAGAAGCUUCCAUUAAUGAGCUUUUUGAGCAGAAACAGCAAUUGGAAGAUAUUGUGACUCCUAUCUUCACAAAAAUGGCUACACCACGUCAAGUGAAAAGUGCCAAAUCUGUAUUCUAAGCCAUGGUCAGAAAAGAAGUCUUAUAAAAGGCCGCAUCUUCUUCUAUAUCUAUAAAGGCAAACCUAUUCAUGCCGACUGAAGUUAAAUAGAUGUGGGGUUUUAUAAAAAUGUUUAAGUAUGAAAUUAAAUCUCCCUCGUUUCGUUUUACCCCAUUCAGCAUGCUUAUGUCCAGACUCUCUGGCCUUGCCUCUGCCUCUGCAAGUCAGUUUCAUGUGAGUUCCACGUACUCCUUCCAGAAAGCACUUGGCUGUGAGUCACUCACAAAGACCAUAUGGAAGCUUUAAAAGCUACUUAGAGAAUCUAACAGUUUUCUGUGUAACUGAGGCAGGAAAUUUCUGUUCAAGUGAGGAAUUCUAUUAAAAAAAAAAAAAAGACAUGUUGGCCAUUUCCAGAAGAAAAAUUUGUUCUCCCUCUCUCAAAAGGGAAGCUAUGGGAUGACAUUCUGGAGCAAGGAAAUAUUAAGGAUGGUUUGGAUCAGGGUCCUCUGCUUAUACAG